AUGGAACAUUUCAAGAUUCUCGGCAGAAAAUGCAUCGUCUUUGACAAGUCAAGCAACAUACCCUUCAGCAUAGCUUUCGGCUUAUGUCGGCCUGCGGGUGAUGAUACUGAUCCUCGAAACGUGGGCCUGAAGACGAUAAGACCAAUCCUUGACAUCCCGUAUGCCCUGUCUCAUGGGCUACUUUCACUACGAGAGGAUGAUAUGGAAGUUGACGUUGGACAACUAAAACCAGCAGAUUCCAACAAUGUCGACAGACUAUUUCUACAACUCAAGGCACCAGUUGGCAGAAUUGAUAGUUCGGCAUAUCAUUACCACGUCCAUCCUGACAGCGAUCUUGCGGCUUUGUUCCGAAUCGUGUAUCUCUUCCCCGACUUAAACAAAGUAGGAGACUUGGGCGAAUACGUGUUAAUUGACGAGAAUGGCCAACCAUCCGAAACAAAUGAAGAGAAGCUGUGCAGCAGCAGAGCGAAUGACCGCGCACUCUUUGAUGUGGUGAAAUCUCUUCCCUGGCCUCUAGAGAUAGAGACAACGAUGAAAAGAUGCAACGACACGGAAGACGACACGGAAGACGACACGGAAGACAACACGGAAGACGACACGGAAGACGACACUUUGCAUCUGGAGAUCAUGAUUACGAAUAAGGGUCCUGAAGUUAUCAGUGUCCAAAGCCGCGAUCGUCAGAGAUUUCUUAUCUCAUGA